UAGAAAUCUUACAUGCAUACAUGCGUGCAUACAACUGAUUUUGGGAGGUUAAGUUUUUUGCGCUUCAUGGAAUUGGUUCCUCGUUAAAAAAUAUACAAAGUUUAAAACACCCAAGGAUGUCAUCGGCAUUGUAUUGUCGUAGUAGAUACAUUAUGUACACAAAUUAUCGCAGGUUGAAUGUCGUCACCGCAUUUAUCAAAAUGAACAAUAAUAAUACCGACCUUGCGAAGUGUAACAGAAAAUUCGCCCUGAAUUCGAUUUUACCUUGUCGAACACUGUCAAUGCGUCGUUAUUUCAGCACUGAUCAAAAUGAAAAUCCUAGGCCCUAUAUUCCGCUUAUGGACUUUCCUAGAAAACCUAAUGUGCCAUUCUUUGAAAUGGGUAAAUGCCAUCUAGCCUAUAAAUACGGUAUUCCUAAAAUAGACCCAGAAUUUGACUUUGAGGAAUUCACGAAAGGUUCACUACAAGCUGUACUCACUGUAUCAAACGCUUUGUCUAGAGAAGAUUAUGAGAGUUUGGAAGAUCUCGUUGCCCCGGACGCAAUAGAGAUUCUAAAAGGCAAUAUAUCCCGAAUGAGCGAUGAACAAAAAGCAGAGAUUGCCAUGGAUAGUAAAGAACUUGUAUUAUUUCUUCCUGCGAACAUUAAUAUCCGGAAUGAUGAAUCAUCAAAAACUGUCGAAAUACUGAUGCUGUACCAUUUUUUGCGAAAUUUGAAAAAUUCACCAAAACCUAAUGAAAAUGCGGAAAUAACAUCCCCGAUGGAACGACUACAACGCGUGUUCGAAGCACGGCUUGAUCAAGAUUUAUCACAGCACGCUUUUUAUUGUAACUACAGAUUUGUCAGAAACUACGGCCAUACGAAUAGUUCAUGGCUUAUUGAUCUAGUGAAUCACUUCAGACUGUGUGAUGUGAUGAAAUGAAUGGUAUAUAUAAAUGUUUAAUAGUUGUAUAACAGUAGUGAAGUUAUCAAGAACUGUUUAUAAGAUUGGAAAUGCUACUUGAAACAGUCAUAUUUGCAGUCAUCGAUUUGUUCAAAUGGUAUUUUCAACAUAGACAUAAUAAUUACUUACGCUGUGAUAACUGAAGUAAGUUAUUUUAAUCUCAUUGUCAUGUCAAUAAAUAUAUUUUCAAGUA